AUUGAUAUUGUCAGGAAUGUAUGCUAUGGAAAUAUCUAAUUUCACCCUAAAUAAAGUGAAAGGCUCGUAUGGUACAUAUGACAGAUGGUUUCAGCUCUCAAUUACAGCUGGGAUAUGUUUUUCAUCAUUCCUAGGCAUAAGUUCAAUUUUAGGCCACAAAGACAGAUGGCAAUGGCUAUUAUUUUUUAAUAUAGUACCAGUAUUAUUCAACCUCUUCCUUUAUAAAUGUCCAGAUAGUCCAGUUUACAUACUACUUCAGACAAAAGAUCUUGAGAGAAACAACAAGGCUAGGGAAGCACUUAAGUUGUUAUGUCCACCAAAUGAGGUUGACAAAGAAUUGGAACGUUUGAAAAAGGAAGCCUUCACGGAGGAUGUUUUAACAUUAACAAAAAUUAGAGAGUUGUUUAGAAAACCAGAGUUCAGAGUUGGUCUGUUUCUCGUAUGUUUCCUGCAAAUUGCUCAGCAACUGUCAGGAAUCAACAUAGUAAUUGCCUACUCAAGUUUUAUAUACCAAGGUUCAGGAGUAGAAAUAGAACUUAUCGAAUGGAUGGUUUUUGGAACAACUUUGAUGAAUUUUUUCACAACACCAAUUUCUUUGAGUGUGCAGGAAAAGGGAAGAAGAACAGUAUUACUGUUCACUACAGGAAUUAUGGGAGGUGCAUUAUUUGUGCUGUUUAUGGCCAGUCGUCAAUGUGAGAAUUCUGGGAACGUAUGUCCUUACUUUGCAAUUGUACCAGUUUUUGCAUAUAUUGUCUUGUUUUCCUUAGGACUGGGACCAAUACCAUAUAUUAUUGUUCAGGAACUCUUUGAAAAAGAUGCACAAGGUGCUGCAUUUAAUGUGUCAGUUGCCUUACAUUGGCUAUGUAACUUUCUAGUGAUGUUUUGUUUUAGAUCAUUACAGAUGUCGAUGGAGAGCUACGUUUACUUAAUGUUUAGUGGCAUUGUUUUGGUGUUAUGUGGUAUUAUGUAUAAGAUUCUGCCAGAAACUAAAAACAAGACAAUGACAGAAAUUAAGAACUCUAAGGAAUACAAGUUUGUGUUAAAGUGGCUUUCUAUACAGGCUAGUGAAACAACAGAUAAUCAAAGCAGCAAUAGUGCUACAGAAGAAGUUCGACUACUACAUGUAACAUAAAAAUGUCUAUGGAGAGCUACGUUUACUUGAUGUUUAGUGGAAUUGUUUUGGUGUUAUGUGGUAUCAUGUAUAAGAUUCUGCCAGAAACUUAAGACAAGACAAUGACAGAAAUUAAGAACUCUAAGGAAUACAAAUUUGCGUUAAUGUGGCUUCGUUUACAGACUAGUGAAUCAAUACAUAAUCAAAGCG